UCCUGGCGUCGUCCGGCGUCGUCCGGCGUCUCGGCGCGCGCCGCUCGCGGGACCGGUGCGGGCCUGGGUCACGUGCUGGGGGCAGCGGGAAGGCCGCGUUCUGGUUUCCUGGGCCCCUGUCCGCCAUGUUUUCGGGCCGGCCGAGCGUCUGUGUUUCCCCGUGAGGAAAUGGCCGGGGAGUUUCGGGGAGCCCAGGCGCUGGGGCCCGGGCGGAGCCCCGGCUGACCCGGCGGUGGUGCGCGGGGCGGGAGGCCAUGGCGUCCGGCAGUAACUGGCUGUCCGGCGUGAACGUCGUCCUGGUGAUGGCCUACGGGAGCCUGGUGUUCGUACUGCUAUUUAUUUUUGUGAAGAGGCAAAUCAUGCGCUUUGCAAUGAAAUCCCGAAGGGGACCUCAUGUCCCCGUGGGACACAACGCCCCCAAGGACUUAAAAGAGGAAAUUGAUAUCCGGCUGUCCAGGGUUCAAGACAUCAAGUAUGAACCUCAGCUCCUCGCCGACGGCGAUGCAAGAUUGCUGCAGCUGGAAGUGCAGGGGGGUCAGAGUUGCUACAACUACUUGUACAGGAUGAAGGCCCUGGAUGCCAUCCGGGCCUCUGAGAUCCCGUUCCAUGCAGAAGGCCGGCACCCCCGUUCCUUAAUGGGCAAGAACUUCCGCUCCUACCUGCUCGAUCUCCGGAACACCAGCACCCCCUUCAAGGGCGUGCGCAAGGCGCUCAUCGACACCCUGCUGGACGGCUACGAGACAGCCCGCUACGGGACAGGGGUCUUUGGCCGGAGCGAGUACCUGCGCUACCAGGAGGCCCUGAGCGAGCUGGCCGCCGUGGUCAGAGCGCGGAGCGGGACCUCUCAGAGACAGCACCAGUCAGCGGCCAGAGACCUCACCCAGUCUCCCGAGGUCUCCCCGACGGCCAUCCAGGUGACCUACCUCCCCUCCAGCCAGAAGAGCAAGCGUGCCAAGCACUUCCUGGAGCUGAAGAGCUUCAAGGACAACUACAACACGCUGGAGAGCACCCUGUGACGGGCCGCCGGCCGCGGGCUCUGGUCCCUGCAGUCCCCGGUCCCUGCAGUCCCCCUGCACCCGCGGCUCUUCGGGCUCCUGCCUGGGGGACCUUCUCCGACCUGUUCUUCCGACCGGUUCAGAGACUCCGCUACGACUGGACUUCCCCGUGGUAGCGCUUUUUUCUGGAGUUGAGUUCAGAUGUUUUUCUUAAUGUUUCCAUCAAGGCUUCCUUAAAAAUCCUCCCUUGGUUUUGAUUAUCGUUCCUUGGCAUUCCCCCUCCCCCGCCCCUUUCCCAGACUAUAAAUAAUCCGAAAUUGUGAGGGUUGGGGGAACUGGGCCUGGCGUACCCCGUGUCUAUGCCUUCAUACCCAGGCGAAUGGGGACCGUUUGUGUUGGGGACAUCUUCGAGUGGUUGGGAAGGCAGACGCGAGCUGCGGGGUGUUGGCUCGGGGAGGCCCGCAGGCCCGCGCGCUGCUUGCCUGGUGCUCCGAGUAAACCGGGGCGCGUGGGGACGGCACCCCGACCUUCCUGACGUGCAGGAUCUGCCUCAGCCUUUCCUUGCGUACUGUCCUGAAUAAAUGGAAAAGGGAAUGUUGGCACCUGACAGAAUCCCAUCCCCCCUCUUUUAUUGGGGGUGCUGUGGGACAGUGAAGGAAUGGUCAGACCAAUGCAUUGCUCGGACGUUAAAAACUUUAAUAAAAUGAACAAUUAAAACACA